AGAGCGGCCCGCGCAGAGUCAGAGCAGCGCUCGUCCCGUCCGGUUCCGAGGCCGUCGCCAGCCCGCCAGCAUGGCCCCCUCAGCGGCGUCGGGCGUCAGCAGCCUGCCUAGCGGUUUCGCUGUCUUCACCACCUUCCCGGACCUGCUCUUCAUUUUUGAAUUUGUCUUUGGAGGGCUGGUGUGGAUCCUGGUCUCCUCAUCCCACGUGCCUAUUCCCCUAAUCCAGGGCUGGGUCAUGUUCGCAUCUGUGUUUUGCUUCGUAGCCACCACUGUCCUGGCCUUCUUGUAUGUAAUUGGCGCCCACGGCAACAGAACAUCAUGGAUCACCCUGGAUGCAGCCUACCACUGUGUCGCCGCCCUGUUUUACUUUGGCGCCUCUGUCCUGGAAGCUCUGGUCACCAUCCAGCUGCAAGACGGCUUCUUCUACAAAUAUUACCAUGAAAACAUCUCUGCUGUGGUGUUUUCAUAUGUAGCCACUCUGCUGUACGUGGUCCAUGCCGUGUUUUCCUUAAUCAGAUGGAAGUCUUCCUAGAGCAGCAGAACUUUAACUGAACACCAAGAGGGUGUUAACCGAUCGGCCGGCCUUCCAACACAACACUUUAGAAUGCAGAAUGUUCUUGAGAACGGAUAAAGAGAGAGGUUUAUUCUCCCGUAUACCUUCAUGUCAGAGUAAGGGGGCUUGCUACGUUUAUCCUCCAACUGUUGAGCUAUCUUCCCAAGAUCGUUUCCUAUUUGAAAGGGGGCAGUGGGGUGGGAAGUGAGGACUGACCGUGACACCGGACUGCUGGCCCCUGGACUGGAUCGUGAGGACUGCCUACUGGAAUUUUCCUCAGGCGCUUCUGAGGGUCCAUCUUGCAGCAAGUUUCUCCAUCUUCAUGGAUAUUCUGCAUCUUCAAGGAUAAUCUACCCGUUGUGGGGAAUAAAAGUCAUUCAGCAAAUAGUUGCAGAUAUCCACGGUGGGAUGGGAUAAACCCUUGAAAUACUUUAUAAAGUGUCUUUAUGUUCAAUA